GAAGCGGGAGAGAGAGAGAGGAGAGGUAUAUGAAUUAGUGCCUAACCUAAACGUAGUUUCACAUCAGUACAUGUAUUCGUGUGUUUGUCUAUUCAAUAAUAAUAAUAAUAAUAAUAAUAAUAUAUUGACUUACAUGAGUGUGUGUCCCUCCACUAUCUCUCCGUGUGUUUGUUAAUCAUCUAUGAGGGUAUUCGACAGAUGAGUAAAUUAAUUAGAAGUGAGUUAGCGGAGUGAGGAAAUAACAGUGAACAUUUCAUUUGCUUUACCUAUAAACUCUAAGGUGUAUAAUAUUUUUAUGUAAAGAAAAUCGUUAUCAUGACCAUUAUUAGUAUCACAUUUUUGUGAAUAAAACGAACAUAAAUAGUCUGAUUUUUUUAAAUGUUGACAAUCAUCUUCGAAAUCUAAAAAGAAACGACGACUACCUCAAAAACACUAAUACUGUGAUAACUUUUGUUCACUUAUCACAAAUUGAAUCAUUAUAACUAUUGUUUCCAUUGUUUCUCAAAAAAAAACACUGAUGUAAUAAUCAACCGAUUUCUUUGAACCGCUUCACUGAUCAUUAUGAUGACGACAUUGUUAAAUAAUAUUGAAGAACCGUUACAUCAUAUACCAAAUCAACCAGUUAUGACGGUUACAUCGAAUUAUACAGAUUUAACUAUGCUAAAUACGAAAAUAACUACUAGUAACGACAAUAAUAAUAACAAUGGGGGUGAUAUUACUACUCAUAAUGGUAUAACAAGUAGUAGCAGCAGUGGUCAUUGCAGUGAUAAUAACGAUCUAAAUGUUGUUGAAUCACAUUUAUUACUAGACAACUGUGAUGAUGCGAUGUUAUCAUCAUGUAACAGUUCACUUAUAAUGGAUGAACAUGAAACUAACUCAGGCAGUAAUUCACCAAUGACCAAUCCAAGUGUUACCAUGGCAACUAGUGAGAAUAUUAUGACUAAUACUAACAACAACAACAACGCUAACACCAACACUAAGAAUAACAGUACACAUUCUAUAAUGCAUACAUCGCCAUCGUCGUCUUCGUCUCCAUCAUCAUCGUCAUCAUCAUCAAUAUUGGAGCAUCAUCAAAUAUCUACCUUCAAGAAUAGAGAGUCGAAUGAUUUUCGUUGGAAUACGAAAAAUACAAAAUUAUUUGUUGGACAGAUACCAAGAAGUAUGCAAGAAAAUGAUUUACGGGUAAUAUUUGAAGAAUUUGGACCAAUUUAUGAUCUGUUAAUCUUAAGAGAUAAAAUUACUGGGAUGCAUAAAGGUUGUGCCUUCGUUACAUUUUGUCAUAGACAAUCAGCUUUAAAAUGUCAAGAUGCUUUACAUGGUAAACAGACGUUGCCUGGGAUGGCAAGACCAUUACAAGUAAAAACUGCUGAUAUGGAACGUCGUACAGAAGAACGUAAAUUAUUUGUUGGUAUGUUAAGCAAACAACAAAAUGAAGAUGAUGUCAGAUUAUUAUUUGAACCAUUUGGUACAAUUGAAGAGUGUACAAUACUUCGAGAUCAAAGUGGAAAUAGUAAAGGGUGUGCGUUUGUAAAAUUCGCUACACAACAGGAAGCACAAUCCGCUAUUCUUACUCUACAUGGAAGUCAAACAAUGCCGGGAGCUUCAUCAAGUAUCGUUGUGAAAUUUGCCGAUAGUGAAAAAGAACGUCAUACAAGAAAAAUUCAACAAUUAAUUGGUCCAAUGGGUUUAUUGAGUCCAACCAUAGCACUGUCUCAACUAAAUGGUAAUAUGUAUUCACAAAUGAUAGAGAAUAUGGCACAAACAACAGGUUAUAUAAAUCCAGUUGCUGCAUUGGCAUUACAACUUCAGCAUGCCAGUCAAUUAGCUACAGUCAACUUACCGACUAAUGUAACAAAUUUAGCAAUGAUUUCUGCUUUAACCAACGGUUCCAGUGGACAUUUAGGCUGUGCUCCACUACUGCAUAGUCCACGUUCAGGUACUGUUAAUCUAUCGCCUAACUGUCAUACAAAUCCAAUGGCUGCGGCAGCAGCCGCUGUGCUUGGUAUGUCCGGCAAUAAUCCUCAGCUAACACAAAUAUCACCUCAAAUGGCAGCUUUAUCCAAUGUAAACAGUACAUGUAUUUCUGGAGAGACAGGAAAUAAUAACCCCACAAAUAAUGGAAACUCUACAGCGGCUGCGGCCGCCGCUGCACUCAGUACAAAUGCAGCAAUGGCUGCAGCCGCCGCAGCUGUAGUUGCUAUGGCAAAUGGGAAUGUGACAGGGAAUGUGAAUUCAAAUGGAACAACAUGUAGUUUGACAGGACAAACAAUAGGCUUAGGAUCUCCCGGAACUGGUGGUCAUACAUUGGCUCUACAUGGAGUUCCUGGGACACAUACACCAUCGGCAACUCUCAGUGGUCUUGGCGCUGUUUCGCUUCCUUUGAAUCAAGCAAUUUCAAAUACUUCUUUUGGCUUAAAUACAUUAACAUCUCCAUUAACUGGACUUCCUACUGAUGCACUUUCCCAUUUGUAUCCCAGUGUUCCAACUUAUGGAUUAUCUUAUCCUUCACCGGUCACAUCUGCUUUAAAUCCAUUCGCUACAAUGGCACAUCAAGCACUGACAAUGCCUAUACAACAGAAAGAAGGUACAAAAGAUCUAAUAUUAACAGGGCCAGAGGGAUGCAACCUUUUCAUAUACCACCUACCACAGGAAUUUGGCGAUCCAGAAUUGGCUCAGAUGUUUAUGCCAUUUGGAACAGUAAUCAGUGCUAAAGUAUAUGUUGAUCGUGCAACGAAUCAAAGUAAAUGUUUUGGUUCAAUGAAACCGGAAGUAAUGCUUAAUCAGUAAACAUAAAAUUAUAAAUGAUGCAAAAAUCAAUAUUCACAUAAUACCAUUACUUAUUUGUCUCGUAAUAAUAGAUUAUAAUUCUUUGAUGUUUAAAAUAAUAUUAUUUUAUUAGGUUUUGUUAGCUUUGAUAAUCCAUCAAGUGCACAAACAGCUAUACAUGCAAUGAAUGGUUUUCAAAUUGGUAUGAAACGUCUUAAAGUUCAAUUGAAACGUCCAAAAAGUGAUUCUACAAAACCAUAUUGAAUUAAAAUUACAAUAACACUAAUAAUAUACAGUGUUCAAUAUGAUUUUAACUUUAUUUUCUCCUCUUUUUUUUCUCUUUUUUCUUUCUUUAUUCUUAUCUUCUUUAAUGUUAUUAUUUUAAACAUUCUAUAUUAAUAACAAUCUAGUAUAUUUAUAUUUACGAAUUAAAUGUACACAUCCAUUUAAUUGUAUUCAAUGUACACAAGUUUAGAAGGAGAGUAAAAGAAAGAGGGAGUGAAGGUGAAAUUCAUGCAUACAUGUGAACAAAAAUUAAUGGACAAAUAUUUUCAUCAUAAAGAUAAUGGUAGAAUGAAAUUUAAAAGUGUAUUCUUGUAUUUUAUUUUUCUUUCGAAAUUCAGUAGAACCUAUUCAUUAUUUUGUCUAGUGUACAUACUUGUAUACACAUAAUUACAAUAAUAGUAAUGAAUAAGGGACUAAUUCUUCUAAGAAUUACAAUUCAAUGAACAUCUUCAGUUUAAUCAAAUAAACUCUACAUUUCCAGAUGAAAAUACAAUAAGAUAGAAAAAAGCUGGAUAACGUUUUAAACUACUUAUUUCAACAAAAGUAGUUCUCAACAAAAUAUACAAAUAAUCAUAUUUGAAUGAAUGAAAACUAACAUUCAAUGUGAUGUUCUUAGUUCAUAUUAGUUUUAAAGGAGAAACAAAAAAACGUACGACUUUUUUUGAGGAGGAAUAUUUCUGUAAUUUCAUUUAAUGUUGUGUUAUUUGUUUCAUAAAUUAAUCAUUUACUGUACCGCUUUAUUAUUUAUUUCAAUUCGGCAUAAUUCUACCAAUUUUAAUGUAUGUAUGUAUGUUUGUUCGUUUGUGUGUGUGUAUGUAUGUAUGCAUGUACGUAUGCAUAUGUUUUGUUCACAAACACUUCUCAUAAAUUACUUUCAUAAAAUGUACGAUUGAAACAAUAGAAGAAACUCCUUUUGUUUCCUUAAUCACUAGUAAUUCAUUUUGAUCGCUAUUAUUUUAUUCCUUUAGACUGAAAUAUAGUUUGUUGUUAUUGAUUAUCUUUGCAAACUAAUACUGACCAUAAUCUUUGGUCAAUGGUAAUUCAUUUUUGAAAUGGAUCCAUUUUUUGUGUGUUAUUUAUUGAACUACUUGUAAGUAAGCAAAUUUGUUUAUCAUAAAAUACUCUGCAUUUAUUGUGAUCGAUAUUUGGAGGGUAUGAUGUGUAAUACCUGAUGGGAAGUAUAUACAUUACUAAAUGUAUUGGCCCAAUUGGUUGCAUUAUAAAUAAUCAAAAUUGACAAUAAACACUGAUAUACUGAAAAUUUACUAAGCAAGCACGAUAAAUAAUCAUCUUUCCUAAUUUUAUUACUUACCUAUAACAUUUGGAAAUUAGUGAGUAGUAUAUGUAAUCUAACAUGAAGAAGAGGAGAAUAAUAAAUUGCUUGAUUGUUACAUUCCUCAUUUGGAAUAAAAUUUUUACUUUAUUUUACAUAAAAAUAAACAAAAAAUAUUUUUCAAACAAUAACUACAUAAAUUACUCUUCAAUAUUAGAAAUAAAUACAUUUACAGCGAAGAGAAUAUCUUUAAAAAAGCAGGUAAAUAUAUGAGUUAUUUCAGUUAUGUAACAUCUCUUCUCACAUUUAUACGUAUACACUUAAUGAUCUCAUAGCUACAAGAUCAUCAUAUUUCAUCUAACUUUGAACUGGAUUUCAAGUAUCAUUUCAAAUAUAUUAAUAAUCCUUUAUAAUUAUUUGUGUAUAUGCAGUGUAUGUGUGUGUGUGUGAAAAGAGAAUGAUAAAAUGUUUAUUUCUCUUCGUUUUUGCUUUUGAACGAGACUGUCUAAGGGAUUUUGUCGAUAUCAAUAUAUAAUUGGAAGUUUAC